GAUUAAAUUCUCUUUUUAAGAAAAAUAAUACCUUUAUUUUCUGGUAUAAAUAAUGGCGCUGUACUUUAGAAUACAGACAGUGUUCAUCAGCUAAGCUGUAGUGAUCAUCAUUCAGCAUCAAUUUUCACCAUGUCGAUCAAGAUAAAGGCGCUUUUUAUUUGUGUUUGUUUCUUCCUGUGCACUUCCUUGUUUAACGUCGUGCAAGGAUGUGGCGGUUCGUCAAGCUCCGGUAACUCCCGACAAAAUGGCAUGUCCCGUCGAUAUCUCAACUGGGAUACCAAAUUUUUGGAGUCCUUCUCAUGGGUCUGUAAAGGGACGAAGGAAAGCAUAUGGAACAUUCAAAGUGCCCAUGAAAAUCACCAUGAUGAUCGAGUAUGGGGCUACCAUUGUCGUCAUAACCCAUACAUCACAACAACCUGUGCCUGGAGCCUCCCUAACAAUCAGUAUCUUAAUGACUACAAUGGAAAUGUGAAUUUCAUAUGUCCCAGAAAUGGUUACAUUGAGGGAAUGCACGCCAAUACGUUCAGUAACGUCUACAACGAUCGAAGGUUUGAUUUUAAAUGUUGUGAUGGGACUCGCCUGCGGAGAAACUGCAAAUGGACGUCUUAUGUCAAUAAUUGGGAUGGUGACAUGAACUACGAUGUGCCAUCUGGGUACUACUUGGCUGGCGCUUACAGCUAUCAUAUCAAUGAUUACCAGGACAGGAGAUGGAAAUUCUAUAUUUGUCAAUAGAAAAGAAAAUCCCAUCGACCGAAUAGACGACAUCAGGCAACAACUUAUGAUAUGCUAGAAUCCUUCAGUCUAGAGUUUGAAGAUAUUUGAUUGUCGUAGCUAUUGGGGUAAAUCAAAGGUGAAGGUUGAAUAAUUAUUUAAAUAUUAUUAAGAAUAAAUACAUUCAAGAAACAGC